AUGAAUCCUGGCCUACCACAAUAUGGCGCCCAUCAAGCCCCAACCCUCUUUUACUCUGUUGAAGCCCCUCAAGCACCUCACCCACCGCCAGACCUACACGCUCGUAACCUUAACCUACGAGUAACACCCGCUAAUACCUCGGGACGCAAUAAACCCUUGAAUGAUACCCUGCGUCUAACACCCAUACCGCUCGGUUUCAAAGGACCGUCUAAUAUCACGACGUAUGUGGGCGACGACGAUCCCUUUGAAUGGAUCCAAAAGUUCGAACCGACAAUGACCCUUCAUGGCGAGACAGAUCUCCUUAUGUGCAGGACUUUCCCUACACUCCUCGACGGCAGAGCAUUGACGUGGUACACCACUUUGCCAACUGGGAGUAUUGCGUCCUGGGAUGAUUUGGCGAGCAAGUUUCAGACCCAUUUCGCAACAAUUCGCCCAGUUCCCAAGUCUGUUCAUUCCCUUGGAAAAAUUCGCCAGCAAUCAGGGGAAACCCUCAGAUCCAUUUUCGAUUGCUUUGACAAAGAGGCUCUUCAGGUACAAGGCUUAGACCCUAAAGUGCAAGUGUACAUACUCUUGUCAGGCCUGCGACAGAGGGCAUUCGCAUAUGAGCUCGCCCGCCACGAAAUUACUAACCUUGAAGAGGUCAAGAAGAAAACUCAAGAGUUCAUGCGAAUAGAAGAGUAUAAGGGAAGUAGAGCUGAUGACUCCCAUAACCAAGAGAAGAAAGCUAAUAAAAAAGACCACGUUGAUGAAGAGAGGAAAAGUCACAAAUCCUCCAAAUAUUCCAGACGCCCUUUGGGGUGUGAUACCCCAAGACGCCAAUCUCACAGCGUCCUGCAAACUGAAUACAAAGAGCGCAAGAGCAACCUGCAACACCAACAGCCAGCCAGAGAAAUCAUUGUAUACUGCAAAUUCCACCGUAGCAACGGCCACAACACCGAAGAAUGUAGAUCUCUCAAGGAUGAGAUUGAUGAGCUAAUCAAAGGUGGAGCCCAAAGGCAGAUGAAUAAUUCUGGGCAUGAAAUUGGUUUCGGCAGGCGUCGCCAGGAACCUAGCAGGUCGCUAGAAAGGCGAAGAAUCGGCCAAUUUGUCUACAGGCCUCGCCGCGAGCGUAAUCGAAGAGAAAACUCCCCAAGAGAUCGCAGGGUCUAA